UAGUGCAUAGGCAAGGCUAGCAAGAAGCAAACAACCUAGUAAUAACGCGUCUUUUCUAUAGUUAACUUUUAAACUUAUUUUUGAAGCAUGAGCGAAAAUGGAUCUACUGCUGGGCGCGGGAAAAAAUCAGCGGUGCCUGAUAAGGUCGAUAUGUCUUUAGAUGACAUUAUUCGCCUGAAUAAAAAAGAGCAACAGUCAAGAAGGAGACGGGCCAUCGGGAACCGCAGGCCAGUACCGAAGAAAGGUCGUACAGCCCAGGGAAAGGGGAUCACAAGAGCAGGAGGGCCGGUCCAAAGAGGGAGUGGUGUGUCACGAGGUAGAGUAACUAAGUUGAGAGGCAGAAGGGUCCCACCCCCAGUUGGUCGACGACGUGGUCAAGGGGUCAUCACCGGACUGGCAGCUAGGAGGCCAGCUGCGCUACAGAAAGGCACCAGCCUACUCAACAGGACAGCAGUUGCUCAGAAAACAAGGCCUUUUAUCCAAUACAAUGAAGCCCAAUACAGAAGAUCAGAUGUGCAACGAAAGCGCUACAGAGCAGCAGACCCACAGAGAGGCCAGAAUACAGCAUCAGUAAGGAGACCAUUUCAGCUGCAGAGACGACCAUUGCCACCUGUCCAUCAGGCCCAGAGGGAGGCGCGUCAGGCAACCUUUCUCAUCCGUAGGGGGCUCAAGAUUCAUGCCCAGGUGCAGAAGCCAAAUCAGCGCACAGCUCCGGUCAGAACUCGCCAGUGGCGCACAUCAACGAAUGGCAGUGGAAUCCUGACAGUAUCGAUCGACAACCCCACAGCCAGAACACAGCCUGAGCCUCCCUCUGCAUGGUCCCUACACCCCCCAGCUGUCAGCUUUGUCCCAGUGAAGACGGGUGUUAUAGAGAAGAAAACGCCAAAAGGAGUGGCUCUCCAGUUUGACAUAAACAGUGUUGGGAAACCGCAGACAGCGAUGACUUUGAACGAGCGAUUCCGCAUCCUGAAAGAUCAGCGCACUGCCACAGCACAAAGCAAUAAAGGCAGCAGAUUUGUUACCGUGGGCUAGCUGGAGACACAAGGAAAAAGGACUGGGAAUCCUUUUUGCCCUGCUCAGACUCACAUACUGGACCCUUCCGAUGGAUGGAAUAGUGCUGACCAGUCUUGCGCUGACCUAUUGGGAAUGAUUUUACUUUAACUUAAGAGAAAGGAGGUUAACUGAGGGAGAAAUACCAGUUCCAAGUGCAUAACUACUCAGCUAUGAGAACUCCUGGGUGCAGCUAUUAAUGGAGGACACUAUUUUGUGGUUGUGGUUAUUUUUAUUGAUGUCAUUGUACCUGUGACUGUCAACACAAAAGUGAGGACUUCUUGGAAGAAAUCCCUCUUGCCAUAUAGAGGACUGCUGUCUAGUUUAGGGUGGCACGUAUGUUAACCCAUCGCUUUUUGACCUUUCUAAAAGUUGUUUUGUAAUGUUAGUUCAAAUAAAUGCCACACUGUCUUCUCUUUCAAAACUCAUACUUAUUGGUGCUUCAGCCUAGUGCAGUUUCCCAACCCAGUCCUCAAGGAACCCCUAUCCUGCAGAUUUUCUUUGCAAUCCUGAAUAGGUACCUGUUUGUAGUUAUUCAACCAAUCAGCAACGAAUUAUGUCAGACGUUGCACACUUGCAUAAUUAAGUGCUGUGAGAUGACUGGUUGAGUAAGUACAACCAGGGAUAGCUAUGCAGGGUUACAAUGAAAAUCUGCAGGAUAGGGGUUCCUUGAGGACUGGGUUGGGAAACGCUGGCCUAGUGUAUGCAUCAGACUCCCUGUGGAGCAGUUUAGCGUCGUUUUCAUUUCAAACAGUGCCAUCUACUGGAAAAACAACGCUACUAUUUUUGUCCAGGAUUUUUUUUUUUUGUAAUUUACAAGCGGAACAAAACAGAAAAGUUUAGAAAAUCUUCAGGGUUAAAGGAAAGGCAACACAAGAUUCUCAGAGGCAAUGCUAAGUGUAACUAUCACAGUAAAUGG